UCUACGAUAGUCAACAGUCGACUACCUACCUACAGCAAUGUACAUAAUGAAUGUAGCCAACUUUAAAGAAAAAACUUGAAUAUAUUCUGAGAUCUUUAUUCUCCAUCAAUCCAGAAAACUCACCCUCUAGGCAAUUUCUUCUUUUUGGUAUCCAUAAACAUUACAUACUAGGUACAACAUACAUGUAUCAAAAUUUCAUAGCUUAAAUUCACAAUUCGCAAUUCGCAAUGUCUUUCUUCCUCUCAGAAUUGAAAGCGAAGGCCUCGCGCCUAAGUUCUUUCCAGAACUCUAAUUCCCAGGAAGAAUCUAUAAACGAACGAAAAUCCAAAAGACCAGGUUAUGAUGUGGUGAAAACUUCUUAUACAUCUCUCCCGGUUUCUAUCCCUGACGAUUUUUUGAAGCCAUUGGAGAAUCCGGAGGAAAGUAUCAAGGUGCAGAGAAUUGAGUUUGAGAACACGGUUUUGAAGGAGUAUAGGGGCGCUUAUGCGGUGGUGCUGGAUGGGGUGUUGAAUGAAGAGGAAUGUGGGAUGUUGAUUAGAUUGGCGGAGAUGAGUAAGGGUGCGCAUGGGAAUUUGGUGGAGGGGGUUAAGGUGGAGAAUGGUGUGAAGAGUGUAGCUAUAGAUUCUGAAGAGGGUGAUGUUGAGGAUGGGGAAUUUCAAGGGCCGCUAAAUAAUGGGUGGACUCCUGCCAUGGUAAAUGCAGGUGUAGGAUAUGAGUUUCUUUCUACGGAAUAUAGGAAUUCAGAUCGCAUUAUUUGGGAUGAAAAGGAAGUGGUGGAACGUAUUUGGAAGAGGGUUUUACAAGCAAAGGGGAUUAAGGAAGAUAUUGGGGUACUUGAGGGGAAGAAAUGGGAGAGAUUUACUAGUUUGGGAAUUAGAAGGGGUGAGAGAUGGGUGAGUAUUAAUCAGGGAAUUAAUGAGCGCAUGAGGUUUUUAAGAUAUGGGCCUGGACAAUACUUUAGAGGCAUGUUUGUUUUGUCCCCCUUGAGAUCAUCAUCUAAAUUACAUCAACAGAACACGUAGAUAGCGCCUAUGGAGAUGCAGAUGGCGAACGCUCUUUCUUUACCAUCCAUCUCUAUCUCAAUGAUUCAGCGCAAGAACUAGAGAAAGAUCCUAAUAUCCCCAAGUUUCCAAAGGAUUCAAAGAUGCUGAGAGGAGGCGCAACGACAUUCCAUUCGACGGAUUUGAAGGAGAGAUUGGAUGUUGAUCCGAAGGUGGGGAGGGUACUUAUCUUUCAACAUAGGAGAUUGCUACAUAGUGGGGAUGAGGUGGUGGCAGGGGUUAAAUAUACGAUGAGGAGUGAUUUGAUGUUUAGAUUUGAGGAUGGGUUGGAGGGGAAGGAUGAUGUGAUUUUUGGGUAGGUGUGAUGUGAGGGUGCUGGAAGAUGGUAGGUCUGUUUGGUGUGCAUCGGGAUGGAGUACAUUAUGGAGCCAUGAGAGAACAUGUUUUUGUAUAAAUCGAAAUCGGCAUUUAGUAAAUUCGGAUUUCAUGACACUUUUCUGUUUUCAUCGUAAU